AUGGUGCUCUACAAGGUGACAGUGACUACAGGCAAGGACCUCACUGCUGGGACCAUUGAUACCAUUGCCAUCAGCAUUGUGGGGGUGAAAGGAAAAAGCCCUAAGAAGAAGCUGUCCCACCUGUGGCUACCUGGACAGGUGUCUGUUUUUGAGGUGACCACUGAGCAGGAUCUCGGGGAGCUGCAGUCUGUGCGACUCUACAAAGAGAGAUAUCUGUUCCAAAUCCAGGAUGCCUGGUACGGCCAGAAUGUCAAUGUCACCGCCCCGGAUGGGACACUUUACCAAUUCCCCUUCUACCAGUGGAUCCCCGGACAGACCAGUGUGCUGAUCCCUCGAGGAGAAUGCAGUAUAUUAUGCAUGAACUCUGGAAAUGUCUGCAUAGAGGACAGGAGACGAGAGCUGGAGAAGAAUAGAGAACUUUACAAGUGGAAGAUGUACGCUCCAGGGGCCCCGUACUGCAUGGACGCGGACAGCAUUGAUGAUCUUCCCCUCAGUGAACAAUACUCUGUUCUAAAGCGCGGCAGCUUCCAACUGACUGUUGUUGCAACGGGACUUCAAGUAGGGUUACAAGGUCUCACAAGCUCCACCGAUUCCUGGAGUAACCUAGAUGACAUCAAAAUGGUGUUUUGCUUAAAAAACAACAACAUUUCGGAUAAGAUCUCCCAGAUCUGGAAUGAAGACUCCUUCUUUGGUUACCAGUAUCUAAAUGGAGCUAACCCAAUGAAGAUCAAGAAAUGCCUGCAACUACCGGAGAACUUCCCAGUCAGUAGCAGCAUGGUGGCUGCAUCUCUGGAGACCUCCACUGACCUUGAGAAGGAGAUACAGAAGGGGAACAUCUUUCUGGCUGAUUACAAAAUUCUCCAGGGAAUUCCUGUGAAUGACUCAGUUAAUGGGAGGAAGCAAUACCUCACUGCGCCCAUGUGUCUGCUGUGGAAGGACCCACAGGACCAACUGCUCCCCAUCGCUAUCCAGUUGGGCCAAACACCAGGAGAACAGAUGCCAAUCUUUCUGCCAAGUGACUCAGAGUGGGACUGGAUGUUGGCCAAGAUGUGGGUGCGCAACGCUGAGUAUCAGAUCCACCAGACCGUCUACCACCUGCUCCACACCCAUCUUUUUGCCGAAGUGUUUAAUGUGGCAACUCACCGGCAGCUGCCUUGUAACCACCCAGUGUACAAGCUCAUUAUCCCUCAUCUGCGCAAUACUCUGGAGAUAAAUACUCUCGCAAGACAGCAACUCAUUGGUCCUGGGACCAUUUUUGAUCAAAAUAUGGCUGUCGGUAAAGGGGGGAUUCAACCAUUAGUGAAGAAAGCGAUGGAGGAAUUGACCUACAGCGACCUCUGCCUGCCUGCCGACAUUGAGUCUCGCGGAUUGGAUUCUGUUCCCGAUUUCUACUACAGAGAUGAUGGGAUGAUGAUCUGGGACGCGGUGGAGAGAUUUGUGUCCCACAUAGUGGAAUAUUAUUAUAAGAGUGAUGAGUGCGUGCGGACGGAUCCCGAACUGCAGGCCUGGGUGGCCGAGAUCUACGACAAGGGAUUCCUCCAGAAUCAAUCCUCAGGAAUCCCAUCAUCCCUGGAGACUAUGUCCUCGCUGGUAAUGUACUUGACCAUGGUGAUCUUCAGGUGUUCUGCUCAGCAUGCAUCAGUCAACAGUGCUCAGUUUGACUUUUACGCCUGGAUGCCCAAUGGUCCCAUAUCUAUGAAGAGCCCCCCUCCAACAGCCAAAGGGGUCAGCACACUGCAGACGAUACUGGAGACCCUGCCUGAUGUCAGCACUACCGCCAGAGGAUUGCUGGUGGCAAGGAGGCUUAGUGAUGAGCCCAAGGACCAGAGACCUCUGGGAUGUUACCCCAAUGUUUAUUUCACUGAGGAAACCCCACAAAAGUUUAUUCAGGAAUUCCAGGAGAAACUUGAUGAGAUAUCCAAGACCAUUAAUGAUCGGAACCAAACCAGGAGAUUGUCCUAUCUCUACCUGGACCCAAAGGUGAUUGAGAACAGCGUCUCCAUCUAAUGGUGAUUCUCCCUCAUCCUUCUGAGACUUCAUCGGACGUGGCCUGGACUCGCCUUGUGUCCUUCUUGCCCUCCUGUAGCACAGCAUUGGGUAGAAUUGUGUGGACAGGAGCUG